GCCCUUUGGCGUAUUUCGUUUAACUGAUAAGUUGAUAACCGUAUUCCGUAUCAGAGCAAAACAAACUUAUGCCAAAUUGUUGCGGGAAAUACAAACUCUCUAUCAAAGUAGAAUACACUUAGUUCUUAUGUUAUACAUAUCUUGUGCACAGAGAACUUAAAACCAGUGGAGUCAUAUAAUGAUUGAUUCCAAAGACUGAUCCUGUAAUUGCCUCUGUCACGAUGAGUGCUGUAACACCAACCCAGCCGAGAGGGCAAGACGCGCCUGGCUCUGGAAGAAAUCUGAGUACAGGUCUGAAGAACCGACUGAAGAGAUGUGGGCGGUACCAUUCUGCUACACCCUCAGCCAAGAAGCCCUGUAUUGCAACACCCUUGUCUCCUGGACCUCUACACAUAUCAAGCGUGGGUUUGCCAGUCACACCACAAGACACGCUUCAGUCAUCCACAUCAAGGGGAGAUAAUUCAAACACACCCAAACCACUAUCCUCAUGUUCAAGAAGAAUACGGGCAUCUCUGUCCUUCAAGUCACCUGUGAUGAAGACUGAGAGUUAUGUCCCUGGAACUGGACCAGCAGAGGGCAUCAGUGCAGCAGGGAGCCGCCGGGGGACUGAGGUGUGUCAGGAUGAGCCUUGUAGUGGAGACCCAAGUACUCCAUUAUCAUCCAAACACAAAAGAUUGACACAGAGUGGCAACAAGAGUAGAUUGAAAUUCUGUAGUGAUGACGAAAAGAUCAAUCAGCAGUCUGCAGGUUGUCGUGACAAGACAGGUGUACAUUCAGGUCAUAAUGGUGACAAGAUCUGUCUAAAUUCAGGUCGUAAUGACGACAAGAUCGGUCUACAUUCAGGUCGUAAUGAUGACAAGAUCAGUCUACAGUCAGGUUGUAGUGAUGAGACAGGUCUACAAGCUCUAGCUUGUGGUGACAAAACAGGUCUACAGUCUGUAGCUUGCAGUGACAAAACAGGUCUACAGUCUGUAGCUUGCAGUGACAAAACAGGUCUACAGUCUGUAGCUUGCAGUGACAAAACAGGUCUACAGUCUGUAGCUUGCAGUGACAAAACAGGUCUACAGUCUGAAGGUUGCAGUAACAUGACCACUUUGAGGAGGGAGAAGAGAGACCUCACACUACAGCUGACAGCAGCGGAGGAGAAACUAAGAAAACUGAAAAUGGUCAAAAUGUAUAGGUCAAAGAACAACCUGCAGCAGCUGCAGGGCCUGAUAAACAAAUGGCGCGGAGUUACACAACAGGCUCUGUCGGAUCUACAUAACAUGCUGCCAGAGCCCCGGCCAUCUUUGGCAGACUUUGUCAGACACUUACAGAUCGACUCUGAUCUUGUUCAGCUUGACUUGGGAGAAGACAGUGUGGACUGAGGACUUUGUGUUGGAGACCGGAAGUCCCAGCAUUUGUGAUAAGAAUUCCAGACAGUGUCAUAUAAACUUGACGCAUUGAUAUAAACCUCAAACAGUGUCAUACAAACCCCAGACGGUGUCAUAUACACUGGAUGCAGUGAUAUAAAGUUCAUUGUCAUACAAACACCAGACAGUGUCAUAUACGCUUGACGCAGUGAUCUGAACUUAAUUGUCAUACAAACCCCAGACAGUGUCAUAUCAACUUGAUGCAGUAAUAUAAACUUCAAACAGUGUCAUACAAACCGCAGGCAGUGUCACAAAAUGUUGAACAGGAAUUUAUUCACCAGAAUUUGUGAUAAAUCUACCUGUGUCACCAGAAAUCCUAACAGUAUCGCACAAAGACCAGUGUCACACACUGUAGGACAAGACACUUACAGAGAUCUCUUCAGUCAGACAUAUUUGAAGAACUUGUCCAGUGAAUACAGGAAGUUAUUGAAGUUUUUUGUUUGUGUUCAUGUUACGAUCAGCGACUUUAGCCACAAGGGUUGCACUAGAUUAACAUCUAGUGUCUGAAAUGAACAUAUUUUACAGAAAUCUUUUUUUGUUAAGUUAUUCUAAUAAAAUAUAAUAAA